UUCACCUUUCUGUAUGCUUCAUGUCAAUUAUCCUUUUUGUCGUCUUCUCUAUAAUUGUAUGUAAAUAUUGGGUGAACGUAACUGACAGGAAGGUUCCUAUCACCAUUCAACAACUUUCUGAGAUUUUUGUUGUUGAUACUCAUAAACUCAGCUACCGCUUGUGUUAUUGUUUGUGUUUGUUUGGUUGAUUGAUUGGUUCAUACAAUACAAUGACUUGGUGGGAUUUAUCUUCGCUUUCUUGGGUUGGAAAUUUGAGAGGCAUGUUUCAGGAUAAAUCAAGUCGGAGGCUGCGAAUAUCUGCAAAUAGUAAUCAUUCGUUUACAAACAUUAGUUGUCCUCUAAUAGAUCAUCAGAACGAGGAGUACAGAACGAUGGAGGCCCAGAAUGUUUCACAUACUCUCAAGUCUCAUGGAGUUAGAGUUGCAAGGACACACAUGCAUGAUUGGCUGAUACUUUUGCUUCUUGCGGUGAUAAUGGCCAUCCUCUUGCUCAUGCAACCAUUUUACCGUUUUGUUGGGAAGGAUAUGAUGACUGAUCUUAGAUACCCCUUGAAAAGUAAUACAAUACCCUUUUGGGCGGUUCCAUUGUAUGCAGGUGUCUUGCCCUUGGUGAUAUUCCUCAUUGUCUAUUACUGUAGGAAUGAUGUAUAUGAUCUUCAUCAUGCAAUACUAGGCCUCUUGUAUUCUCUUUUAGUGACAGAGGUUAUUACGGAGUCAAUAAAACUUGCUGUUGGUCGGCCCAGACCAGACUUCUUCUGGCGUUGUUUUCCUGAUGGAAGGGAUGAAUAUGAUCAAUGGGGAAAUGUCAUAUGUCAUGGUGAUAAACAUGUCAUAAAUGAAGGGCAUAAGAGCUUUCCAAGUGGGCAUACUUCAAUCUCCUUUGCCGGAAUGGUGUUCCUAUCACUGUAUUUAUCUGGAAAAAUAAAAGUGUUCGACCGCAAAGGCCAUAUUGGAAAACUUUGCAUCGUCAUUUUCCCUCUACUUGUUGCAGCUUUUGUUGGCAUUUCUCGAGUUGAUGACUACUGGCACCACUGGCAGGACGUCUUUGCGGGAGGUUUACUAGGGCUCACCGUGGCUACGUUUUGCUAUUUGCAGUUCUUCCCACCACCAUAUCAUGCUGAAGGUUGGGGACCGUAUGCAUACUUUCACAUGUUGGCAGAGUUGAAUGCAAGAACUCAAGAAGGCAGUGCUGCGAAUUCACACUCUGUACGGACCGUCUCCGUACAGACCAUGGGCUCUCAGGCUUUGAAUGAACAUGAUGAAAGAACCAGUACUGGAUUUACUGGGUUACCCUCAGCAUUUAAUUCUAGUUCAUCAGAUUUAGAAGCUGGGAGGAGAUAA